AUGCUUUAUAUUAGUGUUCGAUAUGAACAGCCUUGCUUUCGCUCUGUUUAUGAAGCAAUGCAAGAAAUAGGUGUAUCAUCAGAAGACAAUGAUGGGACAGCUAUACUGAUAUGGCAUGAUUCUUUAAAAGAGUGCGAUUAUUUUUCACAUCUUUCACCAUGGCAAAUAGUUAAUAGAUUACCAUGCGUUAGUGCUCUUUGUAGGAAAGCUCCUUUUGCAUAUUUACUUCAACGAAUGCAGAAACUUAUUCCUUCAAUUUAUACAUUUAUGCCAAAAACAUUUAUAUUACCAGCACAAUUCGACGAAUUCAAGAAAGCAGUAGAAAAAGGCGAUAAAGCAUACAUAUUCAAGCCGGAUUCUUCAUCUCAGGGAUCCGGAAUCAUAAUUAUCAAACCUAAAUCCGAAAUUGAGAUUAAAGAAGACUGCCCACUUGCUGUAGUUCAAGAAUACAUCAACUCUUAUCUAAUUCGAAAUACAAAAUUUGAUUUGCGAUUAUACGUUUUAGUUGCAUCUCUAAACCCCCUAGAAAUAUAUGUUUACAGAAAUGGACUCGCCAGAUUCUGUUCAGAAGAAAUUACGACCGAAUCAAAAUUUGGUCAGCUAAGUAAUGUUACAAUUAACCAAGCAAAUCCAAAUGCAGACAUCAGCGAAGUUUCUCAGCUUGUUUCUGACAUUUCUCAUCAGAUUGAACUCGACGGAAUUACUAUGAAAGAAUUAUGGCAAAGAAUUGACAAUGCAAUCGUCUUAACCAUCAUUGCUGCACACAAAACACUUUCAGAAGCCGAAAAAUGGUACUGUCCGAACCUCGGAUACCCCAGAUGUUUUCAAAUUUUAGGAUUUGAUAUUUUACUUGACAAAAACUUUGAUCCAUGGAUCAUGGAAGUGAAUAGAAGGCCUUCACUCGAUUACUACAGAGGGAAAGAGCGUAGAAUGAAAGUAGGAAUGAUUAGAGACGCAGUAAGAAUUGCUGCACCUUACGAGAAAGCUCAAAUAGCUGUGAACUCUAGGAAAUGGGGUUGGGAUAAAUCUUCCUGGACAAACUUCGUGAAAAUGACGCCAUCAAUCGUUGAAGGUGUUUCUGAAGCAAGAGAUGAAGUUCUGAAAAAAUCCCUCUUUGAAAGAGCUUAUCCAAAUAGUGAGAACCCGAAUUCAAGGAAUUGGGAGAUUGCUAGAAAGGUCGGAGACUUGCUUCCAAUAGAAGAUAUGCCAGGCUUCACUUUGCCUCGUUUGGAUUUGUAA